AUGUGGUCCUGGUUUGGCGGCGCGGCCGCUCAGAAGCGGAAGGAUGCCCCCAAGAACGCCAUCCUGGGCCUCCGGGCACAACUAGAAAUGCUGCAGAAGCGUGAGAAGCACCUGGAGAACCAGAUUGCGGAGCAAGAUGCCGCAGCGCGGAAACACGUUAGCACAAACAAGAGCGGUACAGUCCUACCUCCUACCUCUGCCCCGCAGAUCAAAACCUGGAAGAGACCCGCGAAAGCUGCCCUGCGACGGAAACACCAGCACGAAAAGAACCUCGAGCAGACGUCAGCGCAAGUCGUGCAACUCGAGCAGCAGAUCUACUCGAUCGAGGCGGCGAACAUCAACCAUGAGACGCUGCAGGCCAUGAAGUCAGCUGGCGAUGCUAUGAAGCAGAUCCACGGCGGUAUGAGCCUGGAGCAGGUUGACGAGACGAUGUAUGUGACGAGACACGGAAAUGGCGUCGGCCAGACGACGCCAUGGGACAAACUCCGAGAACAGCACCUGCUCAGCCAGGAAAUUGGCGAUGCCAUCACCAACAUGCCGCUGGGCGAGCAGGUGGACGAGGGAGAGCUGGAUGCCGAGCUGGAGGGUAUGGAGCAGGAGGCGAUGGACGAGCGCAUGCUCAAUACCGGCCCCACGCCGGUGGGCUCUCGGUUGGAGGGGCUGCCGGCUGCUGGAAAUACGGAGCUCAACAAGUCACACGUACCCGAGGAAGAAGACGAGGAGGCCGAGCUGGCCAAGCUCAAGGCCGAAAUGGCUAUGUAG